AUGCCACAUUGCACAGCAACUCCGGCCCAUCUGCUGCUGUUUUCCAUUCUCAUCAUCUCAUGCAUCGCACACAGGGAUCAGAGUCGCCGCCACCGCAAGACAGAGAAGGAGGAGGAUGAGGAGAUGCUGCAAGAGUACGUUGCUCGAUCCUGCGCUCACACAGGCCACAGGGACAGGUGCUUGGGGUGCCAUUACAUUACGGGUGGUACAAUGCGUGACUAUCAGCUGCGCGGCCUCAAUUGGCUCGUCAACCUGCACACACACGCCAUGGGAGGUAUCCUGGCUGAUGAAAUGGGUCUUGGCAAGACUCUGCAGACAAUUAGUUUGUUGGGCUACUUGAAGAACUUUGAGGGCAUGAAUGGCCCGUUUCUACUCUUGGUGCCCAAGUCGACAGUCGGCAACUGGAUGCGGGAACUGGGCCGCUGGUGCCCCUCACUCAAGGCUGUCUGCCUGCGCGGCGACAAGGACGCGCGUGCCCAGCUGAUCCAGGACACGAUCCUGCCGGCCAAGUGGGAUUGUCUCGUGACUUCUUACGAAAUGUGCUUGCGGGAAAAGUCUACCCUGCGCAAGUUCAUCUGGCAGUACAUUGUGAUCGACGAAGCUCACCGCAUCAAAAACGAGAACUCCAAGUUGUCUCUCGUCUUGCGUGAGAUCCGUAGCCGUCGCCGCCUGCUCAUCACAGGCACGCCGUUGCAAAAUAACCUCCACGAGCUGUGGGCACUGCUCAACUUUUUGUUACCAGAUGUCUUCUCUUCGAGCGAGGACUUUGACAGUUACUUCAAGACAGAGGACAUCCAUCAGCAAAAUGACAUGAUUCACAAGCUGCAUGCCAUUUUGAAGCCGUUUUUACUGCGCCGUCUGAAGAAGGAGGUCGAAAAGUCUCUCAAGCCAAAAAUUGAGACCAAGGUCUACGUUGGCCUCAGUCGCAUGCAACGUGACUGGUACAAGAAGAUUCUGGCCAAAGACAUUGAAGCCGUGAACGGCGCCGGCAAGAUGGAGAAGAUGCGGCUUCUCAACAUCCUGAUGCAGCUCCGCAAAUGCUGUAAUCACCCCUACCUUUUUGAUGGCGCUGAGCCCGGCCCUCCGUUCACAACGGACCAGCAUUUGAUCGACAACUGUGGGAAGAUGCUCGUUUUAGACAAGCUUCUCAAAAAGCUUCAGGAGCAAGGAUCUCGAGUUCUCAUUUUCAGCCAGAUGACGCGAAUGCUUGACAUUUUGGAAGACUACUGCUGGUGGCGCAACUACAACUACUGUCGUAUUGACGGCUCGACUUCGCAUGACGUGCGAAAUGAGAUGAUCGACGAAUACAACAAGGAAAACAGCGAAAAAUUCAUCUUCAUGCUGUCCACCCGCGCUGGCGGCCUGGGUAUCAAUCUGGCGACAGCCGACGUGGUCAUUUUGUUUGACAGCGAUUGGAACCCUCAAAUGGAUCUGCAGGCUCAGGACCGUGCACAUCGUAUUGGUCAAAAGAAGCAGGUUCGCAUCUUCCGCCUCAUUACCGAAGGUACAGUGGAGGAGCGCAUUGUCGAGAAGGCCGAGAUGAAGCUGCGAUUGGACGCCAUGGUCAUCCAGCAAGGCCGCCUCGCCCAACAGCAGAAACAGCUCGGCAAGGAUGAAAUGCUCUCCAUGAUCCAGUUUGGUGCUGACCAAAUGUUCAAGAGCACCGAAAACAACAUUACAGACGAGGACAUUGAUGCCAUUCUCGCCCGAGGCACGGAGAAGACAGCUGAAUUCAACGAAAAAAUCAAGAAGCUGGGUCUCAACGACUUGGAGAGCCUGUCCUCCCUCACUUUUGACACGUCAACAAGCGUCCUUGAGUUUGAAGGCGAGGAUUAUGCCGCAAAGCGCCGGCAACAGACGGCGAUGAAUUGGAUUGCUCCGCCCAAGCGUGAGCGAAACGUCAACUACAACGAAAACAAGGUCUUCAGUGAGCUUAUGAAAAUGGCUGUCGAGCCCAAGGCCCCCAAGCCACCGAAGCCACCAAAGAUGCCCAAGAUUGAGCAGUUUCAGUUUUACCCACUCGAGCUGCCCAAUUUGUUGGAGCGAGAAAUCUUGGCGCAUCAGAAGCUUGUUGGGUGGAAGGUAUGUUUGGGUCUUGAUGGCAUAGCGUGGUUGAUCGUGAUGUGGUUGAUCGUGAUAUGUGUGUGUGUGUGUGUGUGUGCAUGUGUGUGUGCAUGUGUGUGUGCAUGUGUGUGUGUGCAUGUGUGUGUGCAUGUGUGUGUGUGCAUGUGUGUGUGUGUGUGUGUGUGUGUGUGUGUGUGUGUGUGUGUGUGUGUGUGUGUGUGUGUGUGUGUGUGUGUGUGUGUCGUGGCGCGAUCUCAAAUAGCUCAAAUUGAGCGGGGCGAGCACAAGAUCAAUCGGCGCAUCGAAGUGCAGAGCGCCUUGGACAAGAAGGUCAAGUCAACGCCACACCCAUUCCAUCGCCUCACCAUCAAUUAUGGCGGCAACCGCGGCAAGAACUAUACGGAGGAGGAAGACCGCUACAUCAUUUGCUUUUUGCAGCGUCUGGGUUACGAUCACGACCACGUGUAUGAUGAGCUUCGACGCCAGAUUCGCAACGAGCCGCUGUUUCGCUUCGACUGGUUUAUCAAGUCACGCACAAGCGUUGAGCUUCAGCGCCGGGCAACGACGCUCAUUAACCUGGUGGAGAAGGAGAUGAAGCCAGCUAGCAAGAGCAAGGGCAAGGGCAAGGACAAGGAGGAGGAUGAGGAGGAGGAAGAGCCGCCCACGAAGCGAAGCAAGGUGAGAUUUACCUCGUGGUGUACGCAACCAACUCGCUCAUGA